CCCCUGCACAUACAGUGCAGUACGUGCUGUACUCAUCAGAAAACCCUCUUCUCCCUCCCGAAGAAGGCCGGAGAGAGGGGGGAGGUCAUCUGACUAAUCGAGGGGAAGAAAAAUGAUUAAAAAAGGAAAAGAAAAUCCCAAGCGCAGGACAUGGUUCCAAGAAACCCAAGACUCCAAGAAGUCCCAAGAACUUCGCCGCCUCCUCCGGGCGGGAAAAGGAGUGCCAAGAGAGGCAGGGGAGAGGGAUUACUUGGUAUUUUGGUAUGUGUGGCUACCCCAAACAUCGGGGUCUGACUUAUUGGUGGACGUUAAUGGAAUGGAGAAAUUUUCUGUUGCCAUGCAGGGAGUAAGUGAAUGGUCGGUUGGAAUCGUAAUAAGUUACUCUCCCCUCAUGGCUCCAAAUGUCAGACUCACGAGAAUAGGCUCCACUAGUCUGUCUCGGAAACGGAAGGAAUCGACUCCUUCAACCCAGUACAUGAUUAAGCAGAUAAAGGAACGGAGCCUGAGGACCCGAGGAGAAGAACAAGAACGGGAAGAAUGCUGGACGAAGGCCAAGAAGGGGUAACUUGACCAGCUUGGCUUGUUUCUUAUGGUAGUAUGCAGGGAGGUGUUCCGUAGUCCAUAUGUCAAUACGGGGGGGGCGAGGGGAAACGGUUAUUCGAGGCUUCGUUCAAGCCCACCGAGACUAGUUUUUAACACUCCGGCCGGCACUAGUUGGAGACUAAUCCUGGCUGCGGUGGUUUUUUCCGUGGGGGAUCAUCUUCCCCCGAAAGCGAAGAAAGAUUGGCCACAAAGGAUCGAGAGCAGAGGAAGGAUGAACCUGGUAGGUAGGUAUGAUCUCAGCCUAGACAUAGGAAGAUGGAAGGUGUUGACAUACAGUAGUAGAG